AUGGCGACUGCUGCUACCAAUUCAACCUUGAUUGUGACAACCCUGAGUCCUGUAUCCAUUGGGGUGGCUGUGAUUUCGAUCUUGCUACUGAAAUUCCUUUACGGACUGAGCACCGACCGCCUAGGACACAUCCCCGGCCCCUUCAUCGCUCGCCUUACUCCAAUCUGGUACUGGUAUCUUACUUGGAAAGGUAUUGAAUGUACAGUUAUUACUGCUUUGCACAAGAAAUACGGACCUGCGGUCCGCAUUGCCCCGAAUGAAGUCGACAUUUCCGACGGAGCAGCUGUCAAUCCUAUUUAUGUCGACAAUGGCGGUUUUAGAAAGAUUGCUGGAUACAGAAAUUUCGAUAUCAACGGUUUUCCUACCAUAUUCUCAGUGACAGAUCAUACCCACAGAGCAGUUCGAGCCAAGGCUGUGUCGCCCUUGUUUGCGCAGCAAGCAAUUACAAACAGCAAACCAGCUAUGCAGAAAAUUAUCGAUGCAACACUGGUCGAGUUACAGCGCCGAAGAUCUCUGGUAGCAGGCAGACCAGUUGAUUUAUUAAACCUCUUUCGCUCCAUGGCGAUGGAUGCCUUGACGGAAUAUCUGAUUGGAGAGUGCUUCAACAGUGUUGGCACUGAAAGACUUAGCGCGACUGCUUUCGUCGAUAAUUUUGCUGCGGGCGGUCGCUUCUUUUAUCUUCCGAGUUGGUUAUUUAGCUUUGUUGAUAGUUGGGCUGCGAAAUUUGACAAGAAUAAGCAGUUAAUAACCACGAGUACAGAUAUUGUUCAGGAGUUUGCAGCCAAGGUUGUGGAUGGCAGUAUCGCCCAAGGAGAGAAAGAAACAUACCAAGGACGCCUUCUUAAUGCAAAUCUCUCACGGGAGGAAGCUAUAUCACAGGUCAUGGAUAUCAUGUUUGCAGGCACAGAUGGGGUUGCUAGGAUUCUGGCUGUUUUCUGUUGGCAUCUUGCCCAGGCACCCGAUACGCUCGAGCGUAUUUAUAAAGAGAUCAUGCAGAACCCUGGAGUCGACGCUCGAUCUCUCCCUUAUCUAUCGGGAGCGGUUAAAGAAGCUUGCCGUCUAGCACUGGCCAAUCCCACUCGUCUUCCCCGGGUUGUCCCACCGGGAGGGCUGAAUGUCCCGGGGUUGCCAACCAUUCCAGCUGGUACAAGCGUUGGAAUUGGAGCCUACUCGCUGCAUUUCAAUUCCCAAGUGUUUCCAAAGCCAUAUGAGUUCGUGCCAGAGCGCUGGCUGGAGUGUACGCCGGAAAUGUUGCGAGAUAGUUUUCACUUUGGCAAAGGCCCGCGGCAAUGCAUUGCCCGCAAUUUUGCAUCUGCAAUUGUGUGGUGGGCUUCUGAGGCUUUGGUUAGAAGCCGUGUGUUAGAUGGCGCAAGACCAGUGGUAGAGAAGAUUGAGAUUGUAGAGUGGUUCAAUAGUAAGCAAGUGGGUGAUAAUAUUGAGCUUAGAUGGGUGUAG